UUUUGAGAUCUUUUCGUCUUGAUCCUCCCACGCCACCCUAUGCUCGCUGACGUCGAAAGACUCCACUACCUGAAGACUAGAGUGCAAGGUGAAGCCGAAGAGAGAAUCAAAAAUCUGCCGACCACUAGUGACAAUUUUAAACGAGUAUGGGCCAUCCUGGAAGAGCGCUACGAAAACAAGCGCGUACUCGUGCGCUCGUGUCUCUCGACCUUCUCCAUGAUGUCUCGGAUGAAGACAGAAUCAGUUACCGAUCUCAAGAAAUUGGUCAACAGCAUGUUGCAAACCGCGAGCACUCUGGAAAGCAUCGGGCAAAAGUCUGCCUAUGACAAUGAUUUUUUUAUGCCUUCCGUCAUCGAACUCAUGAAUUCACGAUCCAGACGAGAAUGGGAAGAAGCCACGGGUGACUUGAGAGAUCCUCCUUCCUUUGACUCAAGAAGUUUUUGGAGCGUAGACUGCUCGCAUUGGAAGCUCUUCAAUCGUCUUCGGGGAAUGCGUGCGCAACGACUUCCGUCUACGAGUUUGUUCUCGCAAUCGGCUCGAGCAAAUUUAGCACAGAAAACGAAGCAAAGCCAAUGCACGCUAUGUCAAAAGGAGCAUUACAUCCUUCAUUGUAAUGACUUCCAAAAGAAACAGCCUGCUCAAAAGAAGGAGUUUGCGGAGAGCAAGCUGUGCUUCAACUGCUUUGGCAACCACGCUUUGACAGAGUGUCCAUCGCGGAAAUCUUGCGCCGUCUGCAACGCACGACAUCAUAGUUCCAUUCACGAUGUGUGCAUCUCUAAAGUCAGUUCCAAAUUGACGGCUUCCUCCAGUGCUUCUCCAACGUCGCUUCAUGUGCAUCAAUUCGAGGAAAAGAAAGCCGCAGUCUUGUUGGCCACCGCACAAGUAGGCAUAACAGAUAAGUAUGGUGCUCGUCAUACAGUUCGCGCAUUAAUCGAUCCCGGGUCCGAGAUUUCAAUUGCAAGCGAGGCGCUCAACGUCUUCGCCUUCCGCGCUUACCCGCCUCAAUGUCAAUCUUCGGCGUUGGCGGGCAACAGACCGAGAUGACAAAAGGUUGAAUAUCAGUAAUUAUCAGCUCGCUCACUACAAACUUUUCAAUGCGAUUGUCCGCGCUAGUCAUGUCGCGAAUCUCUGCAUACAGGACGCGAGUGGAUGCCACGCGCACGAAAUGGCUUCACAUCCGUGAUUUACAGCUAGCAGAUCCGGAGUUCAUGAAAGGUGAUGCGGUGAAACUACUUUUGGGCAUCGAUGUGCACUCCGCGAUCGUCGAGGAGGGUCUGCGCAAAGGCGGUCCUCGCGCACCGAUCGCACAACGAACUUUGCUAGGCUCGAUCCUCUCAGGCAUCGUCAAUAAUGCUAUGCUGAGCAACUGUCAUCUUCGACGUAUUUCUGCCAAACGGACGCACAAAUCACGGAGUUGGUGCGCCGUUUUUGGAGUCAGAAAGAGCCUCCCAGCGCUCCCCUUCCCCUGACCGACGAGGAUCAGACGUGCGAAGAUCUUUUCGUUUCCUCGCAUAGCAGAACGCCUGAGGGUAGAUACAUCGUGUGCCUCCCGGUGAAAUCCACGCUACCAAAUCUCUACGAAUCUCUACGAAAUGCGACGAGCGGCGGUACGCUUGCUACAAUGCAUGGAGCGUCGUUUCACGGUCAAUUACGACUUCCAACGGCUGUACCGCAACUUCAUGGCCGAAUACGUUGACCUUGGUCAUAUGACGGCGUCGUCGUCACCUCUCAAACAUGACGCGUCUGCUACUUGCCUCAUCACAGAGUCGUCAAGGAAUCGACAUCCUCCAAGAAGAUUCGCGUGGUCUUUAACGGAUCAUCGCGCCUGGCCGAUGGAGACUGCCUCAAUGAUCAUCUCGCUACCGGAUCAAAUCUCCUGCCUGCACUGUCCGACGUGUUGCUACGAUGGCGGCAACACAGAUUCUCCUUGGCAGCAGACAUGGAGAAAAUGUACCGUCAGAUUCUGGUGCACCAGAACGACAGAGAUCUGCAGAGAAUACUGUGGCGACCUGAGACGAACAGUGAUCUGCAGGAAUUCCGGUUAAACACCGUCACUUACGACUUAGCUUGCGCUCAGUUCCUGGUUAUGCGUACACUCAGACAACUUGCUGCGGAUGAAGAGAUUCGUUUCCCGCACGCUGCCGUAGUCAUACAACGAGAUACGUACAUUGACGACAUUUUUACAGGUGCAGACACCCUCGACAAAGCACGACUAUUGAAAGACGACCUGACUGGUCUCUGCGCCGCCGGUGGCUUUCCUCUUCGCAAAUGGGCUGCUAAUUCCGACGCAGUCUUAACAGACAUUCCACUCGAGCAUUGCCAGGUUCAAAAUCCUCGAGCGUGGGACGCCGACGUCGAACAUUUUACCCUGGGCCUGCUGUGGCAUCUUCGGCAAGAUUACUUCGCUUUUCGAGUACGACCAUUAGACGCAGGGCAAGUAACAAAACGUAUCGUGCUCUCACAAACAGCGCGUUUGUUCGAUCCGAUGGGCUAGCUUUCACCGGUGAUUAUAACUGCGAAGAUCCUCAUUCAGACACUGUGGCUACAACAACUUGAGUGGGAUCAACCUGUCUCUUUGAUGGAAGAACGAGUGUGGCAGCGAUUGCGCGACGAGUUACCUUUACUCGAGCAAAUACGCGUACCACGUUGGAUACAAAUUAGCACGGCGGGCGGUCAUGCUGAGGUGCACGAAUUCGCAGAUGCUUCAGAGCGAGCAUAUCCAGCGGCUGUAUAUCUCCGGGUUACAGAUCAAAAAAGAUCGUCGACUUUCUUUUUUACUUCAGGCUAAAACCAAGGUAGCUCCAGUGCGGCCGGUAUCCUUGUCUAGAACUCUGUGCGGCCGCUCUUUUAGCAAAGCUGACAGUUCACGUGACGACGGUCAUGAAAUUGACAUCUGCGCCUCUUCAUUUCUGGACCAAAUCAACGGUUAUCCUUGCCUAGAUCAAAGGACAUCCUUCUUGGUGGAAAACCUACGUAGCUAACCGAGUAGCAGACAUACAACGGACGCUUCCCGAGGCUCGAUAGCAUCACAUUUCAGGCAAUUCAAAUCCGACAAAUUGUGUUUCACGCGGGCUCUCCCCAAAGAAUCUUUUGGAGCAUUCACUUUGAUGGAGCGGCCCGACCUGGCUGACUGAAGAAGCCGAGUGCCCCUUCAAAUAGGACUCACCGUCGCUACCAUCGCCGUUACCAGAAGAGCGUUCGCAGAUACACGCUACCACCGUUGACCCCUUAGAACAUAUAGUACUGGAAGGAGCAUAGCCCUAUCAGCCCCAUGCAUUUGAUUGUCCGAGAGUAGAUUGACAAGGAUGGAGAGAUGAUGAUCCUAACUUGUAAUGCGCAUGCUCCAUACAGAUGCGUCGCCAUCCAAGGCAUCUAAGCUAACCUUCAAUUGAGCUUUGUAAGUAUUGAGUUGUAUUGAGUUCAGGACGCGUAAUCAAAAAACCCCUUUGGAAGAAUUGAACACUAUUCUACGAAAUUGUGACAAUAAUUAUUGCUACAUUUGCAAGGAAAUGAGAUCAGACGUCUACAUAUCACAUGUAAGUUUAAUUAUUUACAAGAUCUGUUUUUUAAUCACAGAACAGAAAUGAUUAAAUUAAUUAUUAAACAAUAUUUAAAGAUUUGAAUCCAUCAUACGAAUAAGCAACUUUGCGAAAAAGAUAAUUAUAUCAGGCACAAAUAUACGAAACUUGUACUGUUCGAUAACCAAUAAAUAAAUAUACAAAUUAUUAUUUACAUUUGAAUGCGUUUUUAUUCAGUUAAUAUAAAUUAUAAUUUGUCACUUGUUACUUUAAUAUUUUUUUAAUCAUAAAUUAGUUUUUUAUUGACCUUUAUACAUAUACCGUUUUGUGCUAUAAUUCAUUUGCCCGCGCUUCUCUGAUCAUACGCAUUACAAACUAGCAUCAUCAUCUAUCUAUCUUUGUCAAUCUAUUCGACGACACUUUCAAGAGACUAUGCUCCUUCCAGUAUUAUAUGUUCUAUGGUUGACCCUGAAGAGGAUCAAGACACACCUCUGCUGCAGCGCUUUUCGAAACUACAUCGCCUGCUGCGGGUGACCGCUUGGUGCUAUCGUUGGCUCGAGGCGAUCAGAAUACGACACACUUCAUCUGUUUCAGGUACUCCACUAACACCACGGGAAAUCGAGGAGGCACGUCGUCGCUGGAUACGCUGUGUGCAGUGCAGAUGGUUCCGAGUUGAAACGCUAGCGCUUUCCAAAAGGGGUUCGUUGCCAAAACGCAGCUUGCUGGUGAAGCUGAUCCCAUUCAAGGACGAGCACGGAAUCAUUCGGGUCGGCGGGCGGCUUAAACACGCCGUUCUCAACCUUGACGAGCGACAUCCCGUGAUCCAGCCUCAUUUCACAACGCUUGUAAUUGAGCCUGCCAUCAGAAGACCUUGCAUGGAGGAGUGCAGCUAACCCUGGGACAACUCCGCCAACGAUACUGGGUGUCCGGUGGACGCCUCGAGAUUCGACGCCUCAUCCACCAAUGCAUUCCCUGCGUGCGAUGGCGGACGGCUUCUCCUCAACCUCCAAUGGGUCAGCUUCCGAAGUCCAGAGUGACAGCAUCGCGGCCCUUCACUCACACUGGCGUGGAAUAUGCGGGAUCGGUGCUGGUUCGAACAGCAGUGGGACAAGGUCACAAAUCGAAGAAGGCCUUCUUCUGCAUCUUUGUCUGCCUUGCCACCAGAGCUGUUCAUCUCGAGCUGGUGUCCGACUACUCCACAGAUGCUUUCAUGGUCGCUUUUCGACGGUUUGUCUCACGUCGCGGGAUGUGUCAGUCGGUGUACAACGACAGAGGUACAAACUUUGUUGGCGCCGAUGCUCAACUCCGAGCAUUUUUCCAAACAGCAGUGGAGAACAACCGGCAGCUGGUUGAACUUCUAGCAAGCGAGGGCGUCGAAUGAUGAUUCAACCCUCUGGCCGCUCCUCGUUUCGGAGGUGCACAAUUACGUGUAUCCAAUCACGUGGAACCACGAGAUGUCCAGACUCUCUACUUCUAGGGACUCUAUUCGGAGGUAUCUGGGAGGCAGCCGUGAAAUCUGUUAAACACCACCUCCGGAGAGUCAUCGGCGAGGCGAUCUUGACUUUCGAGGAGCUGACCACGAUGCUGGCACAAAUUGAGGCAUGCCUGAACUCUCGUUCAUUGCAGGCCUUGUCCGACGAUCCUGCAGAUCUCGCAGCCUUAACUCCGGGACACUUCUUAACAGGUGCUGCGCUAACGUCCGUGCCGGAGCUAUCUCUUUCUUUUGAGCUUCUCAAUCACCUGACACGGUGGCAGUGCCUGCAGCGUAUGCAUGACGACACUGCCAUUCUGGAACAGAUGGUCAAGAGAAUAUCUGCAAACUCUCAACGCCCGAACAAAGUGGUAGAAAUCAAAGAUCAACCCCGACGUCGGUGAACUGUGUCUCAUUCGCGGAGAACAAACGCCCCCGAGUCGUUGGCCUCUGGCACGGAUCACGACUGUACAUCCUGGCGACGACGGACAGGUUCGCGUGGUCACCGUUCGGACCACAUCUUCCUCAUUAAAGCGACCGGUUACCAAAAUCGUCAUUUUUCCGAAGGCUAAAUUCACUGUGAAUCCGGCGAAUGCGUGAAUUCAAAUCAAUGAAUAAAUAUAUAUAAAUGUUUUGCAUGGUCAUAAAGUUUGUAAUGUUUCGUUGACAAUAUACAACGAGGCGAGCGGCAAUGUUCAAGAUACUGCUCCAAUUUUUUUUCUAUAAAAUUCAUUAAUUUUGUAUCGCAAUAAAUAAUUAUAUUUAUUUGGAGCACCACUUAGAUAAAGCGUGAGAGACAAAAGAAAGAGCCAUUGAUUUGGCUACAAGACAUUGCCAAAUAUGGUAAUGGUUUUAAAACAUUACCAUAUAAGGCAAUAAUUUGCAGCUAGAAGCGAAUUAAAAACAAGCGAUUCGCGUUUUCACGUGUAUAUAAGAAAUAAGGCUCGAACCCUCCUUUUGGUAUUCGUGCUCGGUCAGCAAAUAUUGCGCCACGCGUCUCAUAAUUGUAUGUUACCUCUUGUUCUUACUUUAAUUUCGAUUGAUUAAAGUUACUUUUGUUAAUAUCACGUUAUCGCCCUUCACUCUUCCUCUCCACACAUGCCGCAAUUAAUUUACGUUCGGUGGAUAUCACGACCCCGAACAGCCCGAUAUUUCUCACUCAGGUUCCCCCGAGUUUGCUUAGCGCUCUUCCCCCUUCCCUACCUACGCUAAGCAUAGAAGAAAUCUCCAUUCCUUCUUCUUCGUCACCUCCACGGGUGUGCGAAGACUUUUCCCUUCCUCUCUCUUCACCACCUCCACGGGUGUGCGAAGAUUUCGCCCCACGCAUCUCCUCCCCUUUUUUCUUAGCACCCCCUCGAAAAUGCGAGGAGGGGUAUUCAAUAGAACCCGAAGAGGUUCCUGGUUUCCCUUUUCCCCCUUUCUCCUCACACGAUUUUGAGGAGAUUCCUCCGCCUCCUCCUUCUCCUCAUGUCCAUCUUUACAGGAUCGUGAAUGUGAUCGAUGAAUUCUUCACCUUCUCAACAUACAAUGCCUCUCUCCACCCCCAUGUCUUCUACAUUGAUCCCGGUCCUGUAAACCUCGAAGAAUUAAGGGACGCCGUCGUUUGGGUUCCACAGGGCGCGGCUAUCCCAUUUUUUUACCCUGGUCAUCCAGACCCCUACUUAGUUCCCGUCACCAGAUUCCAUUCCAUGUUCCCUCCGUCUACGGUAGAGAUAGAGGAACUGUAACUCACAUGUACAUCCGCACCGGCAUAAUCAUCAGGGUUCUCCAGAGUGAACGCCAUCAUAUAAUCAUGCACACAUCAAUAUACACCCCGCUAUACAUACAUAUGUUUACGAUUAACACAACAAAAACUUAAAUUUGUCAAUAUAAUGUGGAAAUUUAGUUAAAUAUAAAGUAGUUAAACGUAGAAUUAGUUAAAGAUAAUGUCAGAAAUAAUACGAAAUCCUUUAUAAACACUCCGACAAUGUUCAAAAUAAACUUUUAUAAAUUUUAAUU